UCUCUCUUGAUAGAAAAUAUUUGUAAAUGUUCAGAGACUUCCACAAUCAACAAUGAUGUAUACUCAACCAACAACAACCGCAAAAAAGAAUCUACGACGCUUGGGCAUCAGAUUGGAACAUAUGAUGACGUAUUUACAAAAGAAAUACUACAUGUAUCAGAGGACACACAUAAUAUAACAAUACUGAUGGUUGGAGUCGGUCUUGGAUCCUUUAUUCUCGGUGCUGUCCUCAGUCUCGGUAUCGUCUUCAUCGUUAGAAAAUGUAGAAUCCAAGGAAAUCAGAACAAUGAUUUAAAGAGCAACGUCAACAACCCCAUCUAUAACAAAUACAUUGAAGGUAGCGAAUCUAGUCGAAGAGGAAAUGUUCCUGAUAAGGUUUCUACAAUGCCUAUUGCCGAAACGAACACUGCCUAUUCCGAGGUAAAAAUACUUUCGGACAAUACAGGUGAUAUCUACAACCAUCUUCAUGAACAAGUUACUUCUGAUACAGCUGGCUUAGACAGCGACUACGACCAUGCCAAGCCUUUAAAGGAACAGCUUAGUACAGACAGAGAAUACAGCCAUCUCACUUCAAAAAUCGACUCGGAGGAUUUCAAAUCAAACCAACAAUCAGCAGAAAUAGAGGAAAACGCAGAUGAAAAUGCCAAGCCUUUAAAGGAACAGCUUAGCCCUGACAGAGAAUACAGUCAUCGCACCUCGAAAAUCGACUCGGAAAAUGUCAAAUCAAACCAAGAUGUUCAACAAUCAGCAGAAAUCGAAGAAAACGCAGAUGAAAACAAUGAUAAUUACUUUACAUUGGAAAAAAUAAAUUAAGAUUACUGUCAAUAUAUUUGACCAAUCGAUUGCAUUGCUCUUUUUGUAAUUGUAGUUUUGACACGUAUUUUCAGGCUUUGACACGUAUUUUCAGGCUAUCUUCUAACUGUACUUUUGAUCAGCCAUUGUUUUCAAAUGAUGAGUAUAAGAUAAUAUUUUUUUAUUUUUAUUAAUUUCAUAUGAUUCUUUAAUGCUGCAAAAUGUUAACAUUUUGUAAAGAUAUGAAAAAAAUAUAUUUUCAGUUAUAAAGUGAUAUAAUAUUUGUCGUGAGACACGGAUGUUUACACUUCACAAGAGUCAAUAGAUGAAUUUUAUGUAAUCUGUUAAAUCUUCUAUCUAUUUUUUGUUCGAUUAGGUUUGUCUGUCUUUUUAAGGAAGCAUAAAUAACUCUAUGCUUGCUGUGUUACAUUUCAGAAAUAAUGUCCCCAUUUUCAUGAAUAUUGCAGGGUAAUCUUGAAGUAAAAAAUUUUGUUUGAAAGAUAAAAGUCGAGGCGUUAGCCAAUGCUUUUAUAUUCUAAACAUAUUUUUGAGACAAAGGAGGUUAACCUGCAUCAUUAACGAUCGCCAACAAAGAUUUCAUUUCAAUUCUACUAACAGCUAUAAUAUUUCUAAUCGUUUCCUCUCUAGAGAAAAGAAUUAAGUCACUAUGACGCAGUAACGCCAUUACAUUUUACACUGAGUGGCAUUUGAAUUUGUCUGGAUUGCAGUAAUGCAAACGAUUUGAGAAUUGAAGAGAAAGUUGAAACAUAUAUUGUUUGAUAUUAUUGAACGUCAAAGAAGAAAAUCAGUUGUCAAUUACAGUAAGAAGGAUAUGGAGAUAACGAAAAGUAUUCAAUAUCAAAGUCCAUAGAACAAUAC